AUAUUUCAGACCCAGUUGACCUUUCGUUCAACUUCCAGAACCUUGCUUCAACAAAAGUUUCGCACCGUAAAAAUAUAUAUUUUCUAUUUUGAGUAUCCGAAUCCGAGACCAUGAGCCUGGACUACACAAACUGGCUGCUGAACCGGCUGGCGGCCUUCUACCACUCGAUCUACUUCUACGUAUCGCUCUUUUCGCUGGGCUACUGCUUUCUGUUGUACCAGGCGCGGGAGAGGGUCUACGGGAUGGAGCUGUCCUGGGGCAGGAUCUCGCUGGUCUACAGCUGCGCCGGGAUCCUGGUCUUGAUGUUGACCCUGGCAGUCUACUACGCCUGGGUGGCCAUAACCCUGGUUUGGCGGCAAUAUUGGGCACACAUUAGGGCCUCGCAACGCACUCGAUUCCUGUUCGAUUUGUACCGAAUGCAGCAAGUCGGGGAACUGAAGUAGCAGCUUAUAUAUCUGGCAUUAUGAUCUGAUUAAUCCUCGAAUUGCUUUCAAUAAAUUAAUCAGUUUGGCACUAAA